AUGGGUUAUGCUACAGCUUCUAACAUAAGAUCUGGUGCUGAUUUUGUAGGUUUUAUUGUUGAUGAUCAUCGAAUGCUUAUCAGCUAUUAUGUGGUUUUCAUGCUUGCAUGUUUCAAACUCCGUUCUGAUAAGUUAUAUGGCUUCUCCGGUUCACGGACAUAUCAUCAAAUGAUAUCUCAACAUAAGAAUGCAUCAGUUUGGAGGGAUCUCUCAUUUGAAACUAAAAGCCUAUGGACAUUGCUAGACUAUCUGAGGCUUUACUGCUAUUGCCAUUUAUUGGAUCUUGUUCUUGCUUUAAUUCUAAUAACUGGAACUCUUGAGUAUGACAUUCUGCACCUUGGUUACCUUGGUUUUGCUCUCGUAUUUUUCCGAUUGAGACUUGAGAUACUGAAGAAGAAGAAUAAAAUCUUCAAGUUCUUGCGAAUGUACAAUUUUGCUCUUAUUGUUCUUUCCCUAGCCUAUCAAUCUCCUUUUCUGGGGGACUUCAGUGCUGGGAAGUGUGAAACAAUUGAUUACGUAUAUGAGGUCAUUGGAUUUCACAAAUAUGAUUAUGGGUUUCGGAUAACUUCAAGAUCUGCACUAGUUGAGAUUGUCAUUUUUAUGCUGGUAUCUCUGCAAUCAUACAUGUUUGCUUCCCAGGAAUUUGAUUAUGUAUCAAGAUACCUUGAAGCGGAGCAGAUUGGGGCCUUAGUCCGUGAACAAGAGAAGAAAGCAGCAUGGAAGACAGCACAGUUGCAGCAUAUUCGUAAGUGUGAGGAACAAAAACACCAGCGCAACUUGCAAGUGGAGAAGAUGAAGUCUGAGAUGCUCAACCUGCAAAUCCAGCUUCACAGUUUAAACUCCACUGGAAACUAUGAUAAUGCUGGUCCUGGAAAUGAGGGCCUCAGAAGAAGGAGAACUUCUUCUCUAAGCUCAAAUAGAGGGACUGCAACCCCAGAGAAUGAAGAAAGUUUUAUCAGGAGGCAGGAUCUGAAUAACAGCACAGACUCACUAUUCCAUUUUGAAAUGCAUGAUUCUCCUAGAAGUAUAAAAACUGAAAGCUCUAGAGCAGCUGAGUCUGCUCAAAAUUCAAUGGAUGAAAUCACUGAACUUGAAGAAAAGGGUGCUAAUAGUGCAUUUUUGGAUUUAGGCAGAAGACAGAAGGGAAAAGGCCAAGCGAAGGGCAACCCAUUAAAAUCUGCAGUUCAGCUCAUUGGUAAUGGUGUUUCUCGAGUACAAUCAUUUGGAAAUCAGGCAGUGACCAACCUUGUGAGCUUCUUGAACAUAGCCCAAGAAGAUUCAGAUUCUAAUGACUACUACUCCUCUGCAGAGGAUGGUCUGUAUGAUGAGAUAGAGAGCCAGAAUAUAAGGUUACAGAGCCAGAAUAUAAGGGUUGAGCGUUUGGAUCGAACAACGUCCCUACAAUCUGGAAGUGAGAAGACCAUAUCUGAAGCUGCAAGCCCACAGAUAGGAAGAAUCUUCCGUUACAUAUGGUCCCAGAUUCGUUCUAACAAUGAUUUUGUGUGUUACUGUUGCUUUUUUCUUGGCUUCCUAUGGAACUUCAGUUUGCUUUCGAUGGUCUAUCUUGCAGCUCUUUUCUUAUAUGCCCUAUGUGUAAAUACUGGCCCAAGUUAUAUUUUUUGGAUUAUUAUGCUAAUCUACACAGAAGUCUUUAUCUUGCUUCAAUACCUGUAUCAAAUCAUCAUCCAACACUGUGGGUUGACCAUCGAGUGGAGCCUGCUGCAGAAAUUAGGAUUUCCAUCUCAUAAAAUUACAUCAUCUUUUGUUGUUGGCACUUGGCCUCUCUUUUUGGUAUAUUUAUUAACCCUCCUGCAGAGCUCAAUAACUGCAAAAGAUGGUGAAUGGAUGUCAGUUACAGAACUUAAAUCUUUUAAGAGGAGAGUCCUUUACCAGGAAGAGGUUCUUGUGAGUUCUGGUUGGAGUGCUAGAGCUCAGCGGUUGCUUUUACCAGUAAAAAAUGUCACAAGAAUGAUCAUACGAAUCUUAUGUAGAUAUUGGAAAUCACUGACACAAGGAGCAGAAUCUCCUCCUUAUUUUGUGCAGCUUUCAAUGGAAGUUAAAUCGUGGCCAGAUGAUGGGAUUCAGCCACAGAGGGUUGAAUCAGCAGUAACCAAGUUACUUAAGAAUGUUCAUGAUGAGAGAUGCAAGGAAAAGAACCCUAAUUCUCUCCAUUCUGCAAGCAGGGUUCGUGUUCAAAGCAUUGAAAGAAGUCAAGAGGACCCAAACGUGGCCCUGGCUGUUUUUGAGGUGGUAUAUGCUUCCCCUUUGACAGACUGUCCCCCAAAGGAGUGGUAUAAGUCUCUAACUCCUGCAGCCGAUGUAGCAAAGGAAAUUCUUACAGCUCAACAUCUAGGGCUUGUUGAGGAGAUAGGAUUCCCUUACCCUAUACUCUCUGUGAUUGGCAGUGGAAAAAGAGAGAUUGAUCUUUAUGCCUACAUAUUUGGUGCAGAUUUGACAGUCUUCUUUUUGGUUGCCAUUUUCUAUCAAUCUGUCAUUAAACAUAACAGCCAAUUUCUUGAGGUGUAUCAGCUUGAGGAUCAAUUCCCAAAAGAGUUUGUGUUUAUAUUGAUGAUUCUAUUUUUCUUGACUGUGCUUGAUCGCGUUAUUUACCUAUGUUCAUUUGCCACGGGAAAAGUUCUAUUCUAUCUUUCCAACCUCUUCCUCUUUACAUACUCGGUCACAAACUAUGCUUGGUACAUGGAGUCUUCACGCCUACAUGCCGCAGGAUUAGCACUUCGGGCUAUCUAUCUCACAAAGGCAGUUUCUCUGGCACUACAGGCCAUACAAAUACGAUAUGGAAUUCCUCAUAAAAGCACUUUAUAUCGGCAGUUCUUGACAAGCAAAGUCUCACAGGUUUAUUACUUGGGCUUUCGACUUUACCGUGCCCUGCCUUUCUUAUAUGAGUUGCGAUGUGUACUUGACUGGUCAUGCACGACCACAUCUCUGACAAUGUAUGACUGGCUGAAGUUGGAGGAUAUUCAUUCAAGCUUGUAUCUUGUCAAAUGUGAUGCGGAUUUGAAUAGAGCUAGACAUCAGCAAGGACAGAAGCAAACGAAAAUGACCAAAUUUUGCAAUGGGAUAUGUCUCUUCUUCAUAUUAAUCUGUGUUAUAUGGGCACCUAUGCUGAUGUACAGCAGUGGUAACCCAACAAAUAUUGCAAACCCUAUUAAAGAUGCAAUUGUCCAGAUCGACAUCAAGGCAGGUGGUGGAAGAUUGACCUUGUACCAGACAACCCUUUGUGAGAUACGCUCAUGGGACAAGCCAGAUGUUAAUAUUAAUCUGGAUCCUCUAGGUUAUCUGGAUUCAUAUGACAAGAGUGAUGUCCAGUUGAUAUGCUGCCAAGAUGAUGCAAGCACCUUGUGGCUUGUUCCCCCGGUGGUUCAGGCCAAAUUUGUUCAAUCUCUCCCCUUGGACAUGGAUAUUAUAUUUUCCUGGGUAUUUAUUAGGGAUAGACCGAAAGGCAAGGAAGUUGUAAAGUAUAUAAUAAAACCAGAGCUUCCAAAAACAUCAGAGGUCGAGGAAGUACUAAAUGGUACUACUGACAGUUUUAGGAUAUCUUAUGUUGAAAGAUAUUUCCGGGUGUCUGGUUCUGGCGAGAUACGGCUUUUAGAACAGCUUAAUGACUCGAUCAGUGUGGAUCUUUUUAUGAAUCGUGGGAAUCCGGAAUGGUGGUCUUUCCAUGAAAUCAAUGCAUCAGAGUCAAAUGGAUGUGAAGGAUUGAGAGGACCCAUGGCGGUCGUCGUUUCUGAGGAAACACCUCAGGGUUUUCUUGGCGAUACACUUAACAAGUUCAGUAUAUGGGGUCUCUACAUUACCUUUGUGCUAGCAGUUGGUCGGUUCAUCAGAAUUCAAUUCUCUGACCUGCGGAUGAGAAUACCUUAUGAGAACCUGCCUUCCUGUGAGAGGUUACUAGCAAUCUGUGAGGAUAUCUAUGCUGCAAGAGCAGAGGGAGAACUUGAAGUUGAAGAGGUCCUUUUCUGGACCCUUGUGAAGAUUUACAGAUCACCACAUAUGCUUCUUGAAUACACAAAGCCUGACUAGAUUAUGAAUACAAUGUGAUCUCCAGCUACCAGCAACUUAGUGAGCCCUGAUGCUGACUGUUGUUUGAUUAACACCCAGAAAUGGAAUGACAUGCAGGGAAGCCCAUCAGGAAUCCAUCAUUCAUUGGGAGUUUCCUGGAAUUGUAUUGGUGUCUGUGAUCAUGAGUUUGUAAGACCCAAGGACUCCUGAUUUAAACAUUAUGGAUUAAUGUGGUUUUCUCAUGGAGGAGAUGGUCAAGCAAGGUUCAACAUGUAUAAUUUACAAAUGGGUCUUUCAUUUUUGGGUUAGCUUCCCUGUUAAGCUUAUUGCCAUGUAACUUUUUAUCUUGAAGCAUUAGAGCAGGCUGUAGAGUGUAGAUGAUUGCAGGCUUCAUUUGGGUGAUGUCCUGACCUGCUCUGCAAUUUUCUUACAAGUUUAAUGAAAAUGAUUUGUUUCAUAGUUGUAAAUUUUUCAUUUUUUGAAGCAAUAGGAGUGACCUGUGGAUGAUAGCAGAAAGGAAAAUUGAUUUGUUUCA